UAUAGAUUACCAUUUUUUGACAAUCUGAGCAUUAAAAUGCUUAAAUCUGGUUGUCAUGAGGCCUUUACAGAACUUUUUUCACUGGUUAAAGAAGAAGAAAUGCGAAGAAUUGAGGCAGGCCGUGACUCGUUUCUUUGGAUGAUCACUCCUCUAGUUGAACAGCAUGCAAAAUUAGGACAGAUUUGCAGUGGACUUAUUGAAAUAGAACGGUUGGCUCGAUCUGGAAGACUAGAGGAGAGUUUCGUUGGAUAUCUCCGAUUAGCAGCAAACCUCUAUUAUGACGCAAAUAAUUCAGAGGACUUUUGGUUAGUACGGCAUUUUUUGACAAAAUGCGUUGAAAAAGUUACCCAAGCGUUGCAGCGUGCCGAAUUUACCUUUCACCGUAGCAAUACCGACCAAUCUCAUGACGAGAAUCAGGAUUUAGGAGGUCUCCAAAAGGUUUAUGAAACUCUUGGAAAAAGAUAUGCAGAGUCAUACUACCUUUUAGGGCACUUUCUUUUGGAAACAGGUGAUUACAAGGAAAGUGUUAUGCAUAUGAAGUUACUGUUGCAAUUUAUUGGUGCUAAUCAAAAAUGGGCGACACCUACACUGCUUGCCUAUGGAAAAAUUCGUCGUGAAAAUGAAGGUUAG